GACCUCAAUACAAGCAAGACUUGUAGACACCACUCCAGUAUGCUUCUUCUUAAUGUUGUGUCCUUCAAGAAUGUGGCAUUGAAAUCUGUUUCUUGGAGAGGAAGAAAAGUGUACAAUUAGGGGUUUGAGAAAUAUGAGAGGAUGUGAUUGUAUUUACUAUUUACCCAAAAAUAGUUUCCUUUAAUUACGUUCCUUCCCCAUUAUUCAAAAAGAAAAAAAAAAUCAUACAUCGUUCCUCUUUGGGUAAUGUCAUGACAAGUUCAGGCGUCUAGCUAGCACUAACAAAAACGUCCAUUAAUUAAUUAAUUUUUGAAGUACAAUAAGAUUCUUUUCUUUAUUUUGUUUCAAUUAUAUAUCAUCAAAUCAUUAUGUCAACAGAAGAAAAAAACACACACACACAAAAAUAGUAAAUGGAAGGCCAAAAAAUAAAAAAAAUAACUUUCAAAAAAUUUUGGUUUUGAAAAAAAAUCCGCAAUUAUCUCCUCUUUUUACAAAACUCACACAACUCGUCGGUUCUCUUCUUCCUCAAUUUCUCUGAUGGAUCUCUGUUUUGAUCCUUCGUUACCCCAGUCCCAUUCCCUCUCUUACGUUUGAUCCAUACAUCAUGUGCCUGUAAAAAAUCUCCGUUUCAUCAUCAUUGUUCGAAUCUUCGCGGAAGAGAGAGAGAGAGAGAGAUAGAUGGGGGUCGUUUCAAGAACCAUGUUCCCUGUCUGCGAAAGCUUGUGUUGCUUUUGUCCGGCUUUGCGAGCCAGAUCGAGACAUCCCGUCAAAAGAUAUAAACAUCUUCUCGCUGAUAUCUUCCCUCGAUCCCAGGAUGAGCAACCUAAUGAUAGAAAAAUCGGUAAAUUAUGUGAAUAUGCUGCAAAGAACCCUCUUCGUAUCCCUAAGAUUACAACCUCUCUUGAACAAAGGUGUUACAAGGAAUUGAGGAUGGAGCAGUUCCACUCUGUAAAGAUUGUAAUGUCUAUCUACAAGAAGCUCUUGGUUUCCUGUAAUGAACAAAUGUCGUUGUUUGCUAGUAGCUACCUUGGUUUGAUUCAUAUUCUUCUAGAUCAAACUAGGUACGAUGAGAUGCGUAUGUUAGGUUGUGAAGCUCUCUAUGAUUUUGUUACUAGUCAGUCUGAUCAUGUUCGUUACUUUUUUUUUUUUUUUUUUUCCAGACAGAGGGNUAACUUAGAUGGGUUGAUCCCAAAAAUCUGUCCUUUAGCUCAUGAAUUGGGAGAAGAAGAAAGGACAACAAAUAUGUGUGCUGCUGGUCUCCAGGCACUCUCAUCCUUGGUUUGGUUUAUGGGAGAGUUUUCACAUAUAUCAGUUGAAUUUGACAAUGUAGUCUCUGUUGUCUUAGAAAAUUAUGGAGGCCUCAGUCAGUCUUCCACUUCUGCCGUCAAUCAAGAAGACAAGACUGCUUCUAUUGAUAAAGAACUAUCUCCUGCAGAAGCUGAAACAAGGAUUGCUUCUUGGUCAAGAAUCGUGGAUGACAGAGGCAAGGCAAUUGUAUCUGUGGAGGAUGCUAAAAACCCCAAGUUUUGGUCGAGAGUUUGCCUGCAUAAUCUGGCGAAGUUAGCAAAAGAAGCAACAACUGUGCGGCGUGUCCUCGAGUCACUCUUCCGCUAUUUUGAUUUCAAUGAAGUUUGGUCCACGGAGAACGGUCUUGCCUUAUAUGUUUUGCAGGACGUUCAGUUGUUGAUAGAACGUUCUGGGCAAAACACACAUUUCCUGUUGUCCAUCCUGAUCAAGCAUCUUGAUCACAAGAACGUUCUAAAGAAGCCUAGAAUGCAACUUGACAUUGUUUAUGUUGCUACUGCACUUGCACAACAGACUAAAGUUCUGCCAUCCGUGGCAAUCAUUGGUGCCUUGAGUGAUAUGAUUAGGCAUCUGAGGAAGAGCAUUCAUUGUUCAUUAGAUGAUUCGAACUUGGGGAAUGAGAUGAUUCAGUAUAACCUGAAAUUCGAAGCUGCGGUUGAACAAUGCCUCGUGCAGUUAUCCCUAAAGGUAGGAGACGCAGGUCCUAUUCUUGACAUAAUGGCUGUCAUGUUGGAAAGCAUGUCAAAUAUUACAGUCAUGGCAAGAACUCUAAUCGCUGCAGUUUUUCGUACGGCACAAAUUAUAGCAGCUAUACCAAAUUUAUCAUAUGAAAACAAGGCUUUUCCAGAUGCACUUUUCCAUCAACUGCUUCAAGCUAUGGUGUGUGCUGACCAUGAAUCAAGGAUGGGGGCUCACCGUAUAUUUUCUGUUGUUUUGGUCCCGUCUUCAGUUUGUCCAAAUUCAGUUCCCAAGUCUAGAAGGCCUGCUGAUAUGCAGAGGACAUUGUCAAGAACUGUGUCUGUGUUUUCUUCUUCAGCUGCACUCUUUAGGAAACUGAAGUUGGAGUCAGAUAGUUCUGUUGAUGAUACUGCAAAGAUGGAGAGGGUUUCAACACUUAGCAGGUCAAAAUCAAAAUUCACAAGAGGUGAAAGUUUUGAUGAUGAGGAGCCAAAGAACAAUACUAGUUCAGUAUUGAGCCGGUUAAAGUCAAGUUACAGUCGGACUCAGAGUGUGAAAAGGAACCCAUCAUCAACAGUAUUAGAUCAGAAUUCUUCGGGAAGUUCACCAGAGAAACCAGUGAUACCAUUAAGAUUAAGCAGCCAUCAGAUUUGCCUUUUGCUUUCAUCGAUUUGGGUGCAGUCUUUAUCUCCUCACAACAUGCCACAAAAUUAUGAAGCCAUUGCUAAUACUUUUAGCUUAGUUCUUUUAUUUGGCCGGACUAAGCACUCUAGCAAUGAAGUCUUGGUCUGGAGCUUUCAGCUAGCUUUUUCUUUGCGGAAUCUGUCUCUUGGAGGACCAUUGCAGCCAUCAAGGCGUAGAUCCCUAUUUACUCUGGCUACAUCAAUGAUAAUUUUCUCAGCAAGAGCCUUCAACAUCCCUCCUCUUGUUAAUAGCGCAAAAACCGCACUGCAGGAAAAAACGGUAGACCCUUUUAUUCAUUUGGUGGAAGAUUGCAAGCUAGAUGCUGUUUUCUAUGGACAAGCAGAGCAACCGGAAAAGAAUUAUGGGUCAAAAGAAGAUGAUGAAGACGCCUUACGUUCAUUUGUCGCUAUAGAAGAAACCACACAAAAUCAACCUCGAGAACACUACGCUUCCAUGAUAAUGAAGUUUCUUGGAAAACUAUCAGAUCAAGAUUCGUCGUCUAUAAAGGAGCAGCUGGUUUCAGAUUUCUUACCUAUCGAUGGUUGUCCAGUUGGAACGCAGUUGACAGAAUCUCCAAAACAAGUUUACCGUUCUGAAGAAAAAAACAACAAGACUAGAGAUAAUGCUGAAACUCAAUUGCUUAUACCAGAGAAUGAUGCAGUACCAAGUCCUCUAGAAGAACAGCUUGGUCUUGACACACAACCUAAUGCCAAAACCGCGUUUCUUCUGAGCAUCGAUGAACUUCUAAGUGCAGUGUCUCAGACAACAGCACAAAUGGGAAGAUACUCAGUGUCUGAUCCACCAGACAUGACAUACACAGAAAUGGCAGGACAUUGUGAGGCUCUUUUGAUGGGGAAGCAAGAGAAGAUGUCUUUCAUGUCUGCAAAAAGCAACAAAUUCGGCAACAGCCAAACCAAGGAACCUACUGCUUUGCCGUGUGGUGGUGGGAAUCCGUUUGUGGAGCAGAGGAGUUCGUGGGAGAUGAUGGGGUUGGGUGCACCAGCGUCUUCUAAUGUGUGUGUCACUGAGUAUCAAACCCCUCCUUUCUUCAAUCCUCCUGCCUCUACUCCUUUUGACAACUUCCUUAAAACCAAGCCGCUGGUUCCUCUUGAAUAGUUUAGUUAAUAUUAAUCCCUUUUUGGUA